AAAGCGAGCCGAAGCAGCCGCUAAAAUUUUCUAUGACGGCGAUAUUUGUCUUAUAAUACCCGCCUCUCCCGCGAUCGCCCCUCGAUCCCUUUUACUCAGAAUCUUAACCCUCGAUCCCUUGCGAUCUUGGCUUCUCUGUAACCCUAACUCCCGUUCGCUUUCGAUCUCGAAUUCUCUGAUCUCUGUUGUCUUCGAUCAUGGCGCACAGGACGCUGGAGGUCACCCUGAUCUCGGCCAAGGACCUCAAGGACGUCAAUUUGUUCUCCAAGAUGGAGGUCUACGCUGUGGUGUCCCUCUCCGGAGACACCCGGUCGCGGCAGCGGACGCCGACGGACCGGGAGGGCGGCCGGAACCCCGCCUGGAACUCGACGUUCCGCUUCAACGUCCCCGCCGACGGAUACGGCCGGCAGGUCCUCCACAUCCUCAUCCGCGGCGAGCGCGCCCUCGGCGACCGCGAUGUCGGCGAGGUCCACAUCCCCCUAUCCGAGCUCCUCGACGCCGCCCCCGGCGACGGCCCCAAGUUCGUCAGCUACCAGGUCCGCAAGUGCACCUCCGGCAAGCCGAAAGGCGUCCUCAACCUCUCCUAUAAGGUCGGCGAGAAGAUCGCCGCCCCCGCGCCUGCUCCGCAGGCGGCGUACCCGCCUCCGGUGGGGUUCCCCAAGUCCGAUCAGCCCGUCACCGCCUACGCCCCCGCGGGCGCCUACCCGCCGCCGGCGAAGGCCCCGAAAGCCGGCGAGACUGUCGCCGCCUACCCGCCGCUGGGGACGGCGCCCAAGUUCGACGAGCCCGUCACCGCCUACGCCCCCGCGGGCGCCUACCCGCCGCCGGGGAAGGCGCCGAAAGCCGGCGAGCCUGUCACCGCCUACCCGCCGCUGGGGAAGACGCCCAAGGCCGACGACCCUGUCACCGCCUACCCGCCACCGGUGAAGGCGCCCAAGGCCGACGAGCCCGUAACGGCAUACCCCGCCGCCGGCAGCAGCUCCGCCGGGUACCCGCCCUACGGAGCGCAGCCAUACCCCCCGCCGGCGGGGUACCAGGGGUACCAGCCGCCGCCGUACGGGUACGCGCCGCCGCCGCCGCCGCCGCACCAGGGCGGGUACGGUUACCAGCCGGCAGGGUACGGGUACGGGGCGGCGCCACCGGUGGCGCAACCGCAGAAGAAGAAGAAUAAGAUGGGGAUGGGAUUGGGGGCGGGGCUGAUCGGUGGGGCUCUUGGCGGGCUUCUGAUCGGGGAUAUGAUCUCGGAUGCUUCCAACUACGAUGCUGGCUACGACGCUGGGUUCGAUGAUGCCGGUGGGUUCGAUUUCUAGGACUGUAUUAAAGAAAUUUAAUCUCGUUUCUCUGUCGUUGGAGUUUGGUAAUUACGUAAUUAGGAAGUUGCACUCGUUAGCGUUGUACAUAGAGGUCGGAUACCUUCUUGCCUCGCUUGCGAAGUAUGCAACAAAAACGUGUUUUUUUGUUUAUUUGAAACCACUUUUUUUUUGUUUUCGUGAUCUAUGUAUUUUGGAUUAGAAUUGUCUUUGGUUUUGAGUAGUGAUGGAUUUUUUUUGGAAUGUGGUUGGGACUUAUUAAAAUUUCAUUCGGAUUUCAAUUUCAA